AUGAAGGAGCAGCACCCACGGCAGCAGCAACAGGAGCCGCAGAAGAAAAAAAAACUCAAGUCGUUUGGGAAAAAUGGGCGCGAGUUAAGAAGGAGGACGAAGUGCGAUGAUGACGGGAAUUGGGUGGCGGUGAACCACCAGGACACAUUACGGCAGAUGCCCUGCCCCGCGCUGGAGCGGUACUACCGCGACCUGCAGCUCCUCCGCACCCCGGCAGAGUGGGAUGCCGAGUUGUCUCUCUUCCGGAAGCCACUUCCGACGACGGUUUGGAUAAACGACACAGACCCGCUUGCGGGCGAGGUGCGGCGCUACUUUGAGUCGAUGGACUGCUCGCUUGUGGAGCCCAUUCCGUGGUACCCUCUUCCCGGCAUGGCGUGGCGGAUUUUGGCGGACAAGACGGAGUUUCGUAAGCGACCGGAGAUGCAGGCGCUGCGGCGAUUCAUGAUUCAACAGACGGCGUUAGGGACUAUUUCUCGGCAGGAAGAAGUCUCAAUGCUGCCGCCGUUCCUCCUGGACAUUCAGCCGACCGAUAAGUGCCUUGACAUGUGCGCCUCGCCUGGAUCCAAGACGGCCCAAAUUCUUGUUGCGUUGGGAAGGCACAAGGUGGUGCCGGUGGAUUCAGAUGCGUCGCCGUUUACUUUUGACUACGAGAGUGAAGGCCUUGUGAUGGCAAAUGAAAUCGACACAAAGCGGGCCAACAUGUUGGUGCAUCAAGUGAAACGGCUGCGGUUGCUUUUUCCCUUUGCCCUCUUCACAAAUCAUGAUGCACGGUAUUUCCCCAAUGUGAAGUGUGCGGCGUCCUUGGUAGGCAAUGCCGAUGAGGAUCUUCGCUUCGACAAGAUCCUUUGCGAUGUUGUGUGCUCUGGUGAUGGCACCAUUCGAAAAGCGCCGCAUAUCUUUAAAAUCUGGUCUCCCCGGGAAGCCAUUAUCCUUCAGAAGACACAAAUCCAAAUUGCCUUGCGCGCCUGUCACUUGUCUCGAGUAGGGGGUCGUGUUGUGUACAGCACCUGCUCUAUGAAUCCUAUUGAGAACGAAGCGGUGGUAGCGCAGAUUGUGCACCGCACUCGAGGAGCCAUGAAACUCGUUGAUGCACGUUCGCUUCUGCCAGGCUUGCAGUGCGCUCCGGGUCUGCAGCGUUGGGUUGUAACUAAUUUUAAGGGGGAAUUGGUUGUGGCACCGUCGGAUGAGGCGCACGAGGCCCUUUUUCCUCCAAAUACCCCGGGAGCGUACGCCUCCGCUGCCGUGAAUGAAUUGGACCUCCGUCUCUGCAUGCGACUGUAUCCCUCUCACUGCGGUGGUGGUGCUUUCUUCAUUGCUGUGCUGGAUAAAGUGAAGGAGUUUCGCCUGCAGAAACGUGAAGAGAGCGCUGCGGCGGAGCUGGACGGUCGAAAUAUUAAUGAUUGUGAGAAAGGAGAGGGCUCCGGCAGCGAUAAUAGCAGCAAAGGGGCAACCGCAGGAGAGAGGAAGCGGACGGAAGUUAGGGCAGGGAAGUUGGUCGAGGAGGAAGGCGGCGUCACUCCCGAGAAGCGAGUUCCUCCCACGUACGUGACGGCGCCAGCAGCGAUCACGGACGUGGUGAGAAACUUCUAUCAAGUGAAGGACUUUCCUUUCCAACAACUUGUCGUGCGCACUGCGACAGGGCAGCGUGAGUUGAAUCUUUCAGUCAGUUCGACCUGCUCUAUCGUCUCCUCCUCGGCAUUGGAUGUCCUGCAGAGGAAUACUGAUUCUCUCCUCGUGGUGUCUGCGGGCCUUCGCGUGUUUGCCCAUGAGAACCUUGACAAGGGCUGGCGCAUUGCGAAUGAGUCCUCCAUUCUUUUUGCAAAGGUGAUGCGCCAGUCACCGCGACUGCUGCGGGUUCCCGUGAGUUUUGUGGAGCGUCUUCUCUCCGGUGGGAAGUUGAAGGACGUUCUUUUCACCGACAUUGACGACGAUGCACUGCGGACGCGACUCGAAUCGAUGGAUGUUGGCACCGUUCUGCUGGAGAUUGACUGCCCCGCUGCUGUGGGCGGGGUUUUUUAUUCCGUUGCCUUGCGGGCACGCACCCGUCUGCAGAUGCUGGUAGACCACGAGGAUGUCGUCGGGCUGAAGCUGCGGCUGGGCAUCGCCGCCGAGCCACCAGUGAACGAGCCCGUCGCCGUAAUGUGA